AUGGCAUCCUCAACCGGCGGCAAACCAAAAAAACGGGCUCACAUCGUUCGUUCAGGAAACGCCGGAAACUCAUCCAAAUCAGCCGCUCCCGCUCCGCCGACCGAACCUGACAAAGACCGGCCCCCACCUCUAUUUCCACCGGGCUCGAAAACCCCCGUCCAACUUCUCCACGAGCGAUGCCGACAUAACAACUGGGAGAAACCUUCAAUCGAUAUUAGACGGUAUUCAGAAGGUUUCACAGCUGUGGUGUCGCUGGUAAAGAAAGACAAAAAGGAUGCCUCAGUCAGGCAUACCGUCCGAAUGGAGCCUCGACCACCUCUCAACCGAGCGACAGCGGAGGAAGCGAAACAUUGGGCAGCAACUUAUGCCCUCUUCAGGUUUUGUAACAACAUGCCUUUGCAUCGCGUGCUCCCGCCAGGUCCAAAGGAUUACUGGGUAAAUCUUGAACAGGAGAAAAAGACGGCUCCCACUCAUCGAGAUUGGGAAUUCGACACUGAUCCCUUCCAGGCUGCCGUUGAAGUCAAAAAGCGGCAACAGGUACGAGAGCAGAAGCAUGAACAAUCUACGAUUACUCAAGAGGGCGGGAACCCAGGCGAAGGGAAGAAACCGCUCCCAAAGUGUUGGUCUCUGGCACCUGAGGUCAAGAUGGACCACACACUACGAGAUCGAAUUGAGCAAAUUAUUAGAGGCCUUCUUACUCGUAUCCACAUGUCUGAAGCUGAGCCGACAUCCCAGAACGCGCAACUACAUAUUCAAAACAUUCCCCAGCCGUCUGCCCUUGAAAGCAAACAACUUUCCGACGAAUUAAUCAAAAUAGGAUUCCGGCCAGGACACGUCGCCACAGCUCUAGAUCAUCUAUCCAAGAUUCGUAAUGCCUCGGAAUCGGCCUCUAACAACAAGACAUCUCAGUUAGCCCGCACACUGCUCAAAAGUUUCCAAGGAUCGAGUGAUCGCGAUGCACUGCUUCAAUAUUUGACUGUUGUAGUUCCGGAAGAUGAUCUCCCUAUCCGAUUUCGCCCAACCGAAAAAUCCGCAUCGUUUGUGACCGCGAUGUCAAGUGGUGCACGCGGAGGAUCUAAUGGACAAGAUUUGGAAAUAAGAUGGAUGGUGGAGCGACUUCAUAGGCUACAUGGCUUUCCCUUAGAGGCGAUCUCGACCGCGCUCAAUGGUCCAGUGGGAGCCCGGGAAAGUAUUGCUUUGGAAACUUUGGCACGCCGGCUCGCAGGUUGGGAUAUUGAUAGUCCGUUGAGGCACGCCGAUAUAGCAAUGCAGGAAACCGACGAAGUGAAGAAAAUGCUUGAAUCAAGAGACCAGAAACGUGCGAUAGAAAUGGAAGCUUUAGAAUCUAUUUACGGCGGUGACCGAUAUCGAACGGUACAGGACGCUCCUGGAACUGACUUCGAAAUCUUGAUAUCGUCUGUAUCGCCUGCGAAAGAGGAUCUAUGGCUACGGAUUUCAUUUCACACAUACUCAUUGUACCCUACCGCCACGUCUUUGACAUCUACACCAUGCAUACCCACAUUCUCCAUCGUCUCAUCGACUGUUCCUUCAUACUUAAGACUUGCUCUCCUGAAGAAAACUCUCGAACAAUUUGCCGAUCCAACAAGCGGAUGGUGCUCCAUGAUGGAUGAAGGUGAAGGGGGUGUAAUCUUUGAGAUGGUCAACUUCCUUGAAGAAACAUGGUCUCUUCUGGCCAAAGAACCACCGGAUGUCGCCGAUGUUAUGUACAACUUUGUGAUGGAGAAGCAACUGCCCCAAUCAGCAUCUACACCCCCGGCAGUGGCUUCGAUCAACCCUCGCAGCAAAUCGAAGCAACAAGCAAACGUACAACCGCUAAGGCGGAUACAUGAAACAGAUCACCGUCUAAUGAAGGAGCAGUGCGCUUUGGUCGCAAACCCCGCCUACGGGUCAGUCUUUAAAGAUCGCCAGGCUCUUCCUGCAUGGUCAAGUCGAUCGGAGUUUCUGAAGGCCCUGUCAGAUCCUGUCAUCCGCGUUGUAGUUGUUGCUGGUGAAACCGGUAGCGGAAAAACUACUCAGCUUCCUCAAUUUGUUCUAGAAUCAGAAUUCGAGGCGGGGCGAGGUAGCUUAGUCAACAUCAUUUGCACCCAACCACGUCGAGUGAGCGCGAUUGGAGUCGCGACGCGUGUUGCCAGUGAAAGACUCGAGAGUAUUGACGAGAAAGACGGAGUCGUGGGAUAUGUGAUUCGAGGCGAGAAAAGGAGUGGACAAUUGUUGUUUGCAACAAGCGGUGUACUGCUCAGGCGUUUAGCCACAAGCGAUCCCCAACUAUUAGGCGUUUCACAUUUAUUUGUAGAUGAGGUUCACGAAAGGAGCAUGGAAGGGGAUUUGCUUUUGCUUGAACUUCGAGAAAUAUUGAAGCACAAUGCCACAAUCAAGAUCGUACUGAUGUCAGCAACUGCGAACCAGGAUUUGUUUGCAAAGUACUUCGGAACAGCCCAAAGAAUUAACAUUCCAGGGAUGACUUAUCCGGUGAAGAAUUUCUACCUGGAAGACUAUUUGAAACGGCUUAAAUAUACACCAGCCAAUUCUAAAUCACGCCCCGAUCGCGACGCAACGCAGAGGAAACAAACUGAAGCACUCUGCAGAACAUUCAUGGCAAUGGGCUACAAUGAAAGCGAAAGCCGCGUUCUUGGUUCAGCUUCUAAAGCGACUCGUAUUAUCGAUGAAAACAUGAUCGGAUCUAUUGUUUUAGAUAUUCUGAAUAGUGACACUUCUCAGCAGGGCGAUGGAAAUUUAGGCGUUGCGCUGGUUUUUGUUUCUGGGGUCGCCGAAAUUGUCGCCGCGAUCAAAGCUAUCGAGAAUGUUUGCAGAAAGCGCGUUGAAUGCCUUCCUUUACACAGUCAGCUAUCGAGCGCUGAGCAGAAGCGGGUCUUCCAUCCAGUUCAUUCCUCGAGGAUGAAAGUAGUGGUUGCGACCAACAUUGCCGAAACGUCUAUAACAAUCCCCGAUGUUCGCUAUGUGAUUGACAGUGGUCGAGAGAAGCAAAUGGAACUCGAUCAAGAGGUUGGAAUGACGCGACUGGUUGAAGUCAAUUGCUCGCAAGCAGCCGCCAAACAAAGACGGGGUCGGGCUGGCAGAACGACCUCUGGGGUCGCGUACAAACUUUUUACCAGAAUCUGCGAACGCGAAACAAUGCCAGUUGAUACGAAACCUGAAAUCUUGCGCACUCCUUUGGAGGCUCUGUUCCUCCAAGUGAAAGCAAUAAGAGAGAAAGAGGAUGUGCCGACCUAUUUACAAAAAGCGCUCACCCCGCCCCUUCAGAGUGCUGUUGACCGGGCCAUCGAGAAUCUAGAAGUUGUGGGAGCGUUCUAUGAUGGCUCGUUAACGGCACUGGGGAAGCAUCUUGCCCAACUACCUCUCGACGUUCGUCUCGGAAAACUUUUAAUUCUAGGCGCAAUAUUUAAGGUUUUUGAACCGACAUUAACAUUGGCCGCUAUGCUUUCCGUCAACAAGCCACUUUUCGUCAACUCGUUUGAGAAACGAGAAGAAAGUAGUCUCGCAAGAAUGAAGUUCAAAACGGCCAAUAGCGAUUUGUUGACCAACAUUAAAGCGUUUGAUGAGUAUCUCCGUAUCCAGCGCGAAUCGGGUAAUGGCAGCGCACGGGAAUUUUGUGAAGCAAACUUUUUAUCCAUGUCGACCAUCCGAGACAUAAUCUCCACCCGCUCAGAUUUGCUCUCUCAAAUGCAGGAGCGGGGCUUCGUUCCCAGAUCUUAUGGGAAGAACAAUUUGCACAGAUUAGCUCUUGCGGCCGCAAAAAAUGGGGAUCAUCCCGAUGAGAUCAAUUUGAACAGAAACAGCGAAAAGUUAAAUUUGCUCAAAUCAGUUUUUGCCGCGGGAUUGAGUCAAGUGGUUCGAAUCGAAGUCCCCCAAACAAAAUAUAAUCAAAUUGCCAGUGGGACCAUAGAAAAAGAUAUUGACUCCAAGGCUGUCAAAUUUUACGAUCCGAAAAUUGGGCGGGUAUUUCUACAUCCAUCUUCGAUCUUGUUCAAGUCUGCUCAAGAGUUGAAAGCUGCAUUCUUAGCUUAUUUCGCGCGAUCAGCCAGUGGUUCUGAUAGCAACGCAAAGGUGUUCCUACGUGAUGGUACAACAGUUCCUCUGUUCGGUAUGCUGCUGUUGUUUGGGUCUGGUUCGAUCAAACUAAAUCAUGAGUGUAGAGGGCUAUCAAUUCAAACAAGAUCGUUGGAGGAUGGCCGAGAGACGAACGAAAACUUCAUCAAGCUUCGAGCACCAAUGCGGAUCGGCACGUUGUGCAAUCAAUUGAGACAUCUCCUGGAUACUCUUUUACUCAUGGUCGUCGAUCAGCCAGAAAAAUUGACCAAUAACUGGGAGAACGACGCCGAUGCUCAACAAGUGGUUGACUGUGUUGUCAAUCUAAUCCAGUCUGAUGGAUCGGCAUUCGCACCGUGA